AUGUCUAUGGUGCCGAUGUCCAUCAACCACAUCCGAAACGAAGCCGUGGAUUUCAGCGAAACUCUUUUCGUAGACGAACAUCGCAUCACAUUCAAGCGUCCGGUUCCCGAGGCCGACAUCACCGGUUUCGUUAAGCCUUUCACUCCCACGAUGUGGGUGCUGUUGCUACUUAGUACCUUGUUGAUGUGUGCAGUAACCUUCCUUAUUCAACUCGGCCCCGGAGUUGGUGUCGGGGAGAAGACAGGAGAUGAAGGCAAGACGCCUACGCGUGAGCCAAGUGGUAAAAGUGUCUCCUCCAAGUUGCGCUAUGCUGUGCUGUGGACUCUUUCCUGCCUUUUUUCCCAGUCCGUGCCUUGGGAGCCACGCAACGUGCCCGUGCGGGUGGUGACGGGCAUGUGGCUCCUGGCGACCCUCAUCGUUGGCACUGUGUACCGCUCCAACCUGAAGGCCAUGCUCAUCCUGCCGAAGGUGGUCCUUCCCUUCGAAACCUUCGAGGAAUUCGCCGAGGUGGACAUUCGUGGAUAUAUCAUUCUGGGCGGAAUUCUAGACGUCGCCUUACGGGGCAUGGAGGCUAACUCUACCUUGGGGAGGAUCAGAGACAAGUCGCGAAUUGAUGCGAAUAUUGGCAGAGGUCUCAGCGAACUUAUUGAGGGGAAGACGGCUCCCAUCGCUUCGACUUCCGGCCAACGCUGGGAAGGGUACUGCCGAAUGUACUCGACGCGAGACGGUGUGUUCAGCACCGCGGCUGCUCUAGGGUUCCCCAAAGGGUCUCCUCUAAAGCCAAAAAUUGAUGCUAUGAUUCGAGGACUAAAGGAGUUCGGAAUCCUGCAGUACCUCUUCCAAAAGGAGGUCCCCAACAGCACCUUCUGCUUCAGGAAACCGGUCUCCAUCUCUCCUACCUCGGUGGACUUGAGGCCUUUGGAACUCGGCGAUUUCUACGGUGUCUUCUGUCUCUACGCUGGAGGUAUCUUGUUGGCGGCACUAGUGUUCACCAUGGAACGCUUCAGAAGUGGAGAUUAUGGAAGAGAAGCAAAGAAAAGAGUGCAAAAUGGAUGGAAUGGAUGGAGAAAGGUCACGGAGUGUUAUGCGACAGAAGAAAAGGUCUUCAAGACUGUGUUGAGGCCGGCUGUGCUGUAUGGCAUGGAGACGCUCCUACUGACAAAAAGAAAAGAAGAUGAGCUGGAAGUCGCUGAAAUAAAAAUGUUUGGUGACAAGGAUGGAGAAGCAAGACUGAGAUGGUUUGAAACACGUCAGGAGAAGGGACGAGGGAUACGUGAGGAAGAGGGUGUUCGGAAAGGAACUGCCGCGAAGGAGGAGGAGAAGAACGAACGAAAAGAAGGUUCUUGGGCGCAGUCAAAGUAG